AUGAAGAUCACCUUGGUACUCGUGCUCCUCGCCAUCUGCCUCGGCUGUGUGAUGAUCCACCAGUCGGAGGCUCACGCCACCACUGCCACCACUUCCGCCUCGGCCGCCACCACCGCCGCCACCACCGCCGCCACUGCCUCCACUUCCGCCUCGGCCGAUACGACCACUGCCGCUUCGACCACCACUACGGCUACCGCUACCACUGUUGCAUCGGCAUCCUCGGGAUCUACAGGAAACAAGGUGACGCAUAUCAAGGUCAUGGGAACGACACAGAGACCCGGAAGGGAGAUCAAAAUUGUUAAGAAUAAUGGAAAGGAGGGAUGCGGUUGCGGUUGCGAUUGCAAGUGUUGCAAGAGUGGCAAGAGCGGCAAGAAGUUUCUGCUUAAGGAGUUUCUGAACCUACAUUAA